CAAAAUGGAGCUCUGGAACCAGUGUCAGAUUCUUCUAAGUAAGGACCCUAGACGUGACCAAGAGCAUCCCAACCCUAGACCGAAGGUAAACCGGCGGCAGCCAAAACCCGCCAUGAGGUCGGUCGCCUGAAAGCCGAGCGAGGAGCUCCGAGAAACUUGGCAGGCGCAAGGCAUCGUGCGCCUCAGAAAGGCAGAGCUCGGAGGGACAUGGAAGCCAAUUACGAAGGUCAAGCGGGCAGGAAGCCUGGAAAGCCGCGAGUCCAGCUAGAGAAAGUCAAAACGAGCUCGACCCUCCCUCAUGUCCAGACAGUGACAUCGAUCGCGCGCUCACUCGUGUUGGAGUUGGCUUUACUGGCUGCCUCCAGAGACAGAGAAAGUGUGAGUGAGUGAGUACUUGGGGCUCGAGCGAAGUCGUGAUGGAAGCAUAUGACCCCCAGCCCCGCCUCGCCUCGUCCCUCCUGCUCAUCUGGCCCAACUGGAAGGCAAGCUCCGACAGCGAAGCGAGGUCGAAAGCACAUCCUGGAAGUUGCUGCUGCUGCUGCAGGAAAUCCCGGACUCUACCGGCUUGACCGAAUUCCAGCGAGCUGCCUGCCUUUGUAGCCAGGACGGAUCCAGAUAGGGGAAGAGGCGAGCGAGAGCCAGAGUGUUUCGGGGGCUGGACAUCAUUUUGGGGACUUAUGUGCAGCGCUUUUGAGACCGAGCACUCCCAUUUAGAAUCCGGAGUGGUGUGAGCGUCGUCGGAGCUCUGAUAAGAGCGCCUGCUGUUCUUCAGACGAAGGCUGCUGCUGCUGCUGCUGCUGCAAUUUGGUGGGUCGAGACUUUCACCUUGAGAUUCGAGAAAGCAAUCGCGGGCAUACGAAAAGCAGUUGCGUCACGCCGAGACACACUGGGGUCGGGGAUUGCGCUCGUGAUCACGGAACCAGGAUUAUCGACGGGACGCUGACAGACAUUAGUUACGCACUAUACGACGUUCGGAUAGCUCAAGGAAUUAUCAUUCGCCGACAAGCACAGGCCACGGAGUAGGAAACAAAAUAGAAUGGAGGCUGCUGCCAGUGCUGCCGCCCGACAGGCUCAGUGCUGACAGGAGCUGCAAGGACUCAUCGCAACCGGGAGCUCUUCUUCCUGCUCCUGCUCCUUGUGUCGUCAGGUGUACAGGCCGGAACGCAACGCCCGCAGCAGUGGAGGAGUUGUGGAGGUUGAUUUCGUUCAGAGAGUAGUUGUAGAAGAUAGUUCAGGAAGGGGGCGGAAUUCGUCAGCUCAAGAAGGUGCAGGACAGGAGGAGGAGUGAUUCGUCAAGAUGGUGGUCCUGAUUCCCGAGCCCAAGACCAACUACAAGGCCAUCUUCUUCCGCCAUGGAGUGCUGAUCGACGAGCUGCGCAACCUUCGUCGUCAUCACACGUCGACGGUGAACCAGCUGGUGCACAUCGUGAGCAUGAGCUUCGCGUUCGCGUUUUUCGCAUCGACGCUGGUCAUUUUGGGAAUGAUGUUCACGCUGCCGGACCCGAUCCUCAUCCCGCUGGUGAUCCUGUUCUUCCCUCUGCCAUAUCUGGCCUUCUUCUGGUACCUGGAUCCCGUCGUCUUCUUCUUCUGGCUGCCGCUCAUGGGCCUGGCAGUGGCCGGGUCCUUCCCCAUUGCCCAGCUGCUUCUCGGCGUCAUGCCCAUGUACGCCGCCAUCGCCUGCACCUUCGGAGCGUCGCUGCUCUCGCUGUUCCCGCAGCUGAUCGGCCACUACUUCUUCGAGAAGAUCGGCAUUCCGGCCUUCGAGAUGUUCGAGCUGCUGCUCAUGACGCCCUUCUUCUUGGGCUACUGCGGCGUGGGCUGGAUCACUUGCUGGAAAGUGCGGAAAGAUCUGUGCGAUAAAAUCUGGAGCGACGGCCCAUAGAUUGUAGUAGAAUUGAUCAAUUGAUCCGAGACAAAAAUUGAUGGCUCUUCUUCUCAGCCCUGUUUAUUCGUUGUAAUAUUACUCGUCAAACAUCGAAUGUUUGAUUACCGUGCUCCACGUAGAUAGAUAGAUUAGGCACACAGACAAAUCUGUCAGUAACAUCCUUCGUUGCUCACGAGAGCUCGUGUCCAUGCUAGUUAGGAACACUCCGUCAUAAGGACCAGCGGCCGGAGCGUCAGAGCGAAGGGGAACUCUGCCCUCGUCCGGGCCACUGAGACUGCAGCGGAAGCGUCGAUCCAUUAGUGGCAGAAUUCAUCGUGUCCUCGCUGCAGUGGUCGUCGGAGACAGGGACAGGGUUCAGAUAGGAUGAAUUCUUUUGGGUUCGAAUAAAAAAUUCCACCGAUCUGCAGCGAAUCGAUUGAUCGUUCGAGACCUGGCCGGCCGACCGAUGGCCCCCGAGACCUUCUGUCCGGAGCCUGCCUGGUCCAGCGCCGUCCAAAUUCGCAAGAUUUGGAUUGCUCCGAGGAUGCCUCCGCUGACGAAACGUCAGGGGGCCGGGCCGGGCCGGUCUUGUUGUAUGCACACACGAUAUCAAGUAAAGCAGUGCUACCAG